AACGUUGGAAGUCGGAGCUAGCGAAGAUAUGUGUAAAGACUGCACACGCUUUGUUCUACAGGCCUUUAACUUAUUUUCAAGUUAUCAUCCUCACUGGACGAACUGUUGUUUAGUUACGCUAACUCUGAGUUACUACUACAUAGGUUAUUCAGUGAAUUAAUAUUUUUACAUUAAAUAUAUUCAGUAACAUACUACAAGAGCUUAUUGAAUGGCGACAUUGUUGAAAUACAUUAAAUGUAUCGAUCAAUCCAUCUGUGAUAAAAGAAACAAGUCAUCGUUAUCAUCAUCAUCAUCAUCCUAGUUUUCACUUUAUACCGACAUCCGUUAACAUGAAAAGUACAAGUGUACCAAUUGAUGUGGAGAGUAAGGCUCUUGUAGAGCCUGAAAAUGAGAAAAACGUCACCAUCCUUGAAGUGAAAAGCCCUGGCUUAAAAAAUGAAGCUAAGCCGCAUAGGGGCAGUGCACUAAAACAGGUAAUUGCAGCAUUUGUAGCAAAUUUGGGUACAAUCAACACAGGUCUAGUGUUCGGAUUCUCCGCAGUUGCAAUACCUCAGCUUGAAGAAGCAGACAGCUUCAUUAAAAUUGAUGAAGAACAGGCCUCUUGGAUAGCAAGUCUUUCCUCUGUAACAACCCCGAUCGGCUGUAUUCUGAGUGGCUACCUCAUGGAUCUCAUUGGAAGAAAACGUACACUCAUCAUAACAGAAAUUCCCCUCAUACUUGGCUGGAUAUUAAUCUCAGCUUCCAACAGUGUUGAGAUGAUCUAUAUUGGGAGGCUGUUAGUUGGUCUUGGAUCUGGCAUGGUUGGUGCCCCAGCCAGGGUAUAUACAGGAGAAGUGACCCAACCUCACCUGCGAGGAAUGCUGUCUGCUUUGGCGUCUGUCGGGGUGUCUCUUGGGGUAACCAUAGAGUACAUUCUGGGAGCUGUCGUGACGUGGACAGUGCUCGCUGGUAUCAGCGCUGCUAUACCCAUUAUGGCACUUAUCCUCAUUAUGUUCAUGCCUGAGACUCCAAACUGGCUUCUGAAUCAUGGACACACGGAAGAAGCGAAGGAAGCACUGAAAAAGUUCAGAGGAGAAACCUGUGACGUGGACAAGGAAAUAGGCAAUCUCAUAGAUUUUGCUGAUAAGAAUAAUGUACAGCUCAGUGGUUUAAAAGAAACUCUGCGUGCUCUUACAAGUCCUGCUGCACUAAAACCUUUUGUAAUCCUCUUCACUUACUUUGGUAUCUACCAAUUCUCCGGAGUUAAUCCAGUAACCUUCUAUGCAGUUCAAGUCUUUCAGGAAUCUGGAGCUGAAAUGAACAAGUAUCUGGCAACAGUGAUCUUGGGUAUUGUACGGCUGUUGUCCACCGUUGUCGCUUGCAUCUCCCUCCGCAGAUGUGGCAGAAGACCGCUCACUCUGAUAUCAGCAAUUGGCUGCGGACUGACAAUGAUUGGACUUGGUUCCUACAUGUAUGUGAAACAAGGCUGGGAUGCAGAAGGUAUUGAACCAACAGCAACCUGGAUUCCUGUAGUCUGCAUAUUUACUUUCACGAUUGCGUCUACACUUGGCUAUCUGGUUGUUCCAUGGGUUAUGAUUGGUGAAGUCUACCCGACACAGGUACGUGGAAUUAUUGGUGGCCUAACAACCUGCUCUGCUCAUCUGUUUGUGUUCACUGUGGUGAAGACAUUCCCUCUCAUUCAGCAUGCAGCCAGCAACCAUGGUUCUUUCUGGAUCUAUGGCAGCAUCUCAUUGUUAGGAACAAUCUUUUUCUAUUUAUACCUUCCUGAGACCAAGGGACGAACAUUGCAAGAGAUAGAGGACUAUUUCUCAGGCAGAACAAAAACUCUCGGGAACAAACAGACUAAAACACUCCCUGGACACAAGCCAAAGAUCUUGGAAGCAGAGAAAGGGUCAAUGCUUCCAUAAGAGCCUUAAAAUACUCCCACACAAUCUCUAUGGUACUAGAGCAGGUUUUCAGUGAUACUAAAUCAAAUUUCACAGUUAGGGUUGCCACACUUAAGUAUGAUAUUAAGCACUUCAAAAUAUCCAACUUUUAAGUGAGAUGUUGAGGUUUGAGUUCUAAUAAUAAUCUUAUAUAGCUAAUGCAAAGAUUAUUUUAAUUUCCUUGUUGUAUCAAGAAACCACAAAUAUUUUAUAGAAUCCAUGAACAACCAGCAUGUUUACAUGUAUUCUGAGAAAUACUUUCUAAGUGUGUUGCCCUCGGUGGACUAAUGGUUAGCGUGCUCUCCACUGGACCCAAGGUUCACGGGUUCAAUCCCGGCCAAGUUAGAUGGACUUUUAAGGGUAAUAAAAAUCGGUAGCACAACUUCCUUUGGAGGGGAAGUAAAGCCGGCGGUCCCAUGUCGAAGAUUUACGGCAUGUAAAAGAACCUUACGACCAUGAUAUGAGAUGUUUCGUAAGCAAAAUUCAGCGGCCAUUUCUCACCCAAAAGUCUCCUGAUUAACUGCUAGAUGGCUCUGGCAGUCAAAUCAGGAUUGAGUAGAAACUGUGCAGGGUCAGUCCAAAAAGCAGGCGGCGAAAACCCACAACAGGGUUGUAGUGCCGAGAAACAAACAACGGUCUAAGUGUAAAGAGAAAUUGCAUUUUAUUUCUGGUGUAAAAUGUGUAAGAAGAGAAUUUGUUGUAAUUACAAGUAAUUAAAAUGCUCUUGUUUUGUUUAACAUAUAUAUAUAUAUAUAUAUAUACAUAUAUCACAAAUUAUGAUGCAGUAAUUUACAACAUUCAGUACCCAUAAAUGAAAUUAAUUGCGUACCCAGCUGACAAGUUCAACAGCAAUGAAUCACAAAAUCUUAAAGGAGUCAAAAAUAGAAUAAUGUUUGCAAAAUUUAACACUGGUACUGAAAUCCUCCUGAAAUUGCAUAUUGGCAGAAGAAAAUUUGAUAAUGUCUUAUUCUGUUUCAUAUUACAGACUGAGGGAAUGAAAUUAAUUUACAAGUGGCAACCCUAAGUGAAAGUAAUAUUUCCUGUGAAGACUGACAAUAGUAAUAAUAGCUUACAUCAUUUACUUCUGUCCCCAUGUAGCUUAUGUGAGAUCCGUUGAUUUUUUCUUUGUCUGUAGAGAAAUAAAGAGUCCUAAUUUAUUUGUGAUAUUUUACUUAAGGUUAAUUCCUAUGUUUUUAUGAAACUCUGACUGAUAUCAUUAAUAGAUAGCAAUAAAUGGUACAAGUUAUUAAAGUUAGGUUUUAUAUUUCACACAGUCUGUGGUAAUGCAAAUGCAAUGCAGAAAGCACUAGUAAUUUAAGUACUGAAGAAUGAUGUAUGUUACUUAAAUUUGUAAGAGGUGUGAAAUCAAAAGUAAGAUAAGUGUAUGUGAUAGUAUACCCUGUACUUUAAAUAUUUUUAUAUAGUGUAACAAAUAUUACUGUAUUAUUAUUACAACCUGUGAAAUUACAGUAUUAAUGACUGUUGUCC